AAAACGACCAUUAAACAUUGAUCUUGAAGAUAUCAAUUCAUCAUCAAUUUGUUAAACUUAUUUUUCAUUAUUUAUAGUAAAAAUUUAAUUUAGUUCUUAAAUCAUGGGAUUUAACUUUAAAAGUCACUGCACAUUAGCAUUAAUCCUUCGAUUAAUUCUAGUCGCCUACGCUGACUUGCACGACAAAUAUUUCAGCGUCCCUUACACCGACGUUGAUUACAAAGUUUACACAGAUGCUUCGCGUUUUUUAUUGAGUGGUAAAUCCCCAUAUGAGCGGCAUACUUAUCGUUACACUCCGCUAUUAGCAUUAAUUUUGACGCCCAACAUAUUACUCCAUUCGAGCUUCGGAAAAAUACUGUUUUCACUAAUCGACAUAAUCAUCGCCAUUUUAAUGAAGCACAUAUUGAUGAGAGGACAAUGCAACGAUAAAACAUCUGGUAUUUGCGCAUUAGUCUGGCUCUACUGUCCAUUAAUAAUCGUAAUAUCGACACGAGGCAAUGCGGACUCUGUUGCUGUUUUUCUAGUGUUGUUGACGUUGAACUAUUUGAUCAGUGAUAAUCCAUUUCUUUCGGGAAUUAUUCACGGUAUUUCUGUGCAUUUUCGACUGUAUCCGAUUGCAUUCAGUUUGGUGAUGUAUCUGGGAAUAUCGGAUAAUCAUUUUUUACCCAAUAUUCGGCAGAUUAAGCUCGUUUCAGGAUGUAUUCUAUCAUUGGGUUUAUGUACGUUAGUUAGUUAUUACUUUUAUGGAUAUGAAUUUCUCCAUGAGAGUCUCAUUUAUCAUUUAAUCAGAAGAGAUGCACGACAUAAUUUCUCUGUAUAUUUUUAUAUGCAUUAUUUAUCUAUUGAACAACAAGUGUUAUUCGAUAAGUGGCUGACAAUUUUACCGCCAGUGAUUCUGUUGAUUGCAUUGUCUUUUCGAUACUCACGCAAAAAAGAUUUACCAUUUGCUACGCUGACGCAAGCUAUGGUGAUGGUGACUUAUAAUUCGGUUAUCACAUCUCAGUACUUCUUCUGGUAUGUGUCUCUACUACCACUUUGUUUACCAUAUAUUAAGAUGAGGGUGAGACGAUUAAUGAUAUUGUUCAUUAUCUGGAUUGGCAGUCAGGGGCUGUGGCUCCUUGAUGCAUAUGCUCUGGAGUAUGGAGGGCUCAAUAGUUUCCAGUCGAUCUGGAUCUCUAGUUUGAUAUUCUUCGUUGUUAAUGUUAAGGUGUUAGUUGAAGUUAUUAACAAGUAUGACAAUACGGAAUUGAUAUGAAAAAUGGUGAAAAUAUCAAGUAAUAAAGUAAUUGAACAUAAUGA